UGUAUUCUCUGAUUCAAACCAUCUGGUAUUCAUUUUGCCACCUCGAUUUCUAUUCCGCAGAAAAAAAAACAAAAUCAAGCUGUAACUUUUUAAUUUCCUCUGUUUUAUUUAACUUUGGUGAAAAAAUGUCCGAGAAAAAGAAAUCAAGACGUCGCAAGGAUGAAUAUAUAGGACCUGGUGAACAAGAAACUGAUCAACCAACUAAGCAAGAAUAUAAAAUUGCUAAAUGGAUGCGCAGCAAUGUAAAGACUAAAAAAACUAAAUUUCUUAGUCACAAUGUUGAGUAUUUUACAGCAAAUAAAGCUGUUGACGCGUUGAUGAAAUCAAAAUUCGCGCUCGGCGAUGACUCACUUUUUCCAACACGAGAACAUGCAAUUGCAUUGCUCGAUAAUAUGUUAGAGCACAAAUUUUUCCACCGUGCAAAAAAAGUUCCAGUUUGCAUUGAAGAGCUUCGAUCGGGUAAAAGUUCAAAACCAAAGGAUACGUCAAACAAAGACGUUAAGGAAUCAAAGGAAGAUGAAAAAACCAAGAACAAGAAGUCAGAUGAGGGCUCUACCGUAGAAAAAGUAACUGACACUGAAAAUGGAACCGUCGAAGGUGGAACACAAUCUGACGAUAAUCAAGGAAAGGAAAAACGUAAGAGAAAAAUUCGCCUCGAUAUGCAUCCAGAACAGGUAUUUGUGGAUGGAUCUGAAGCAUAUGUUUGGAUAUAUGAUCCAAUUCCAAUUCAUUAUUGGAUAUAUGGCUUGAUAUUGUUGCUUGGAGCUAUCGUGAUAUGCCUGUUUCCAUUGUGGCCGCUUGUUUUGCGCAAAGGUGUUUAUUAUUUGAGUGUAGCCGCAGCAGGAUUCCUCGUCUUCAUUUUGGCAUUAACAGUAAUAAGGCUUGUCAUAUUUACCUUGGUGUGGGUAGUAACAGCUUCGAAAUGGCAUUUCUGGAUUUUCCCUAAUUUAACAGAAGAUGUUGGCUUCUUUGCAUCUUUCUGGCCACUUUAUGAAAGCAAAUAUGUUUCGGAGGAAACAAAGGCCAAAAAUGAUAAAAAAGCAAAGAAGAAGAAAAAGGAACGAGAUAGCGACGAUGGCGAGGACGCUGCUGGAGAUGUUCCUCCACUGGAGCCUAAGAUAAUUGAACAAAUUAAAGAAAACGAUGCCGAAAUGUUAAUUAGACAAAGGAAAAACAACGGCAGUAGUGGUGCUGAAAACAGUGGAGGAGAAAGUAGUGAUUGUCAACAAGAAGUUUCCAAUUCCAAGGGCACACGAACAUCAUCCGAAGAAAGUGAUGGCUCAGAAGUAUCCGGAAAGGACUACGAAAUCAUUUAUCCCGGAGACGUUCCGAGUGUCAACUAGAUAUAAAUAUGCUUUUUUUUACUGCGAUAUAAUUAUGUAUAUGAAAUGCCAAUCUCUAUAAUAUCAAAACAAAACAAAAAUAGAGAUGGCAAAUUUCUAACAAUAUAAACACAUUAAAUCGAAUGCAAAAGAUAUGUAAUUAUGUAUGUUCUAUAUAUUACAGAUUUUGCAAACAAUUUUUCGCAGAUCUAUCAUGAACAGCCGUGCAUGUUUACACGCUGCAUCUAAACAAACUAGCCGUGCAAUUUGUUUACAUUUAUUGAGCAUUUCUCAUUUUUACAUUUUCAUUUUUAUUUGUUGAAGCUUAAAAUUCAAUUAUUAUAUUUUAAAAUAAAUAUUCUACAACAGUGGAUUGAUGUCCCUAAUUGUAUUUAA